UUGCAUUUUCUUCUAGUUCUUGUUCACUCUCUCAAGAAUGCUCCAAACAUCUCAAUAUUAUGGAGACCAGCGUUAUUUCACUUCAAAUUCGUACUCCUUCAAUGAUGUUAUCAAGCCUGAUAACUCUUCAAAUCUUUUGAUGAUAAAACCAACUGUUGAAUUAUCUGAGAGAUAUUCAAGUCAUCCAUGCUCAUCAUCUCUCAAUGAUAAUCAGCAGAACACCAAAAGUGAUGGGAUCACCGCUGGAAAAUCUACAACACAAAAUACGCCCAAUGAAACGGUAAAUUUCAAUUUUUUCAAUAGUGGCUACCGUUUUUGCGACGUGGAGCCGAUUAAAGAAGAAAAAAUCUCCGAACACGACGAAAAUCUAAAAUCCAAUAUUGAAACAGAGCGACAAAUCCAAAAACCUACAUCUACAUCAAAAAAAGCUCCUCUCCCAUUUGGAAUCGAAACUAUUUUGGGUCUAGAACAAGCCUAAAACUUUUAGAAACUCAUCUCAAGAUUUGUUUUCUAAAUUUAUUUUUUUUCAAAUUGAUUCCACAUUGAUUGUUUUCGAAAAUUUCAAUGAACUUCUUAGUCCCUC